ACGACCUUUAUUAUUACGCGGAUUUCAAUCUCGAAGCGCUUCUUUCACUUGCCAAACAAAGUCGAGGCCGACCAUGCACUUGCGACGUGACCCAAUUCCCAAAGCCUAAAUUGGGUUAUUUUUAUAUGUUUCGAUGAUGGGAUAGAGUGGGUUUUUCGCUCUCCAACAAGUACUAUCCAUGACUUCUGUACACAUGAAACCACUUCUAAGCUCGUCGUGAGCGAGGCAUGCACAUCGAUAUAUCUCAAACUCACACCUCCAUCCCAGUUCCUGAGGUCUACUCGUACGAUGGAUCCAGCGACGACGACAUUGGCAUGCCGUAUAUCCUUCAGAGUAGAGCUGCUGGUCGCUCGUUGGGGUCCUACGAGUGGUCCCAACCUGAGCAGCGGGUAAAGGGAUAUCAACAUCGUGAACCACGCUUGCCACUGACUAAGAAAGACCGAGAUAAAGUCAUGAACCAGCUUGUUGCCAUUUUAUCCGAAUUAUGUGAUCAUCCCUUUGACGAGAUUGGCUCGCUUUUUCGGGAUGCAAGCGGGAAGUACUUUAUUGGUGAAUGUCUUUCGCCAUCAUUCACUUGGCAAAAGAGAGACUCGCUCCAGCUUGAUCGAGGUCGAUACCAUGAAGAACACGACUACUUGAAAACUCUCAUUUUGGCAUUUACAUCUCAUGCACAGGAGCUUUCACUUUCACCGCACACGUUCUUCGCCCCAGUUCCCGAUAUGGUAGAAUACAAGAGUAUUGAUAGCUAUAGGGCAGCAGGAAAACGGUGGAAUGAAUUUGUGGCAAUUGGCCAAAAGGUCGACCAUAGCAAGAAUGUGCUUUUCUACUGCAUUGCAGGGCGGUUUUUGCUCGAGAUGAUCCCUCACCUCUGCUUAGGUACCAACAAGAGGUUCACUCUUUCUCAUCCAGAUCUCCAUGUUGGCAAUAUUUUUGUUGAUGACGAUUUCAAUAUUACGUGUAUUAUUGACUGGAGUUCGACGUCAUCCGGCCCUAUCACUGAGGUACUUGGAACCCCAUCACUAGGGGGCUCAGCUGCACCUCCAUCAGCAUCUCUCGUUGCUGCCUUUCGGUCGGGAUUUAUCAAACGAGCUGUUCAAGUCAUCUCAGAGCUCUCUCGCUCCAACCUCUGGGAGAAAUCGAAUAAAAUGUGGUACUUCUCUCGGCUAGUUCGACUGCUUUCUAAAAACGAUUAUCAGCACCUUCGAAAAUUGUUCGAGGUCGUUUACAAGGCGAGUGAUAAGGAGACUGAAGAAACAAAAAGCUUCUUGUCGAGCUACAGCAAGAGGAUAGAACAACAGAAGAAGUGCAGGAGAUGGAGCGGGCUUGUUUUCCUCCCAGCAAAGCUGCAAACCCAGACGUCGUCGCUGUGGUGAGGAAGUCGACUUUGAUGUCAGAGAUGAAUCCAUGUUUUCUUGCUGACCACAGA